AUGAAAUCCGCCAUUGCCAUGCCUUUGAGCACCAUCCUGUUGCUGUUCACCAUCCCGGAUCGGAACGGCGCCAAAAGACCUGAUCCCAAAAUCGAAAAACCCUUCUUAAAUUUUAUGCCAGGUGAUUACUACUGGGUUUGUCCAUGGUAUCUAAGCCAAAUGCUUUGCCUACACCCAAUUACCAGCAAACGCUCAGUGCCCCAUGAUUUCAGGGAAAACCAGGGUCUAGAGCACAAUCCACUUUUUUUCUGCCAAAGAGGGUACAUGGGGCUUUGUUGUGGCAUGCCGUACAUCAACCCCGAUUGGAAGCUUAUCAACAGAGCUAUUGGAUUUCAAUUAUUGCCCAAGCCCAUUGAUGAGAAUGUUAUCGUCGAGUUUAUCACCAACGUCUUGGAAGACUGGAAACUCAUUAACAAGUGUGAAUCAAUCACGACUGAAAGCUCAAUCUUGAACAAUCGUGCUCCAGGCAAGAAGAAGAAAUUACCGCCCAAGAAAAACUUCUCAUGA